GCCUCCCCACGGUUAUCCUUCGACAGGUGGUUGCGUCCGCUCGUGGCGACGACAACUACACGUGCGACAACAACAUGCAAGACAAUGACGCUUCGAUUGUCCGCUCGUCCGCUCGGUCCAUAGACGUGCAAGAGAAUGCGUCCGCGGCCGGUGCGGACGUGGUCACGGUGGAAACGCUCACGCGGCAACUCGAGCAGCGGGACCUUGACCUGCACAUUCUGCAGAAAGAACACGACGAUUACGUGGCUUCGAGUUGUGAAAUCGAGCGUGAGCUUGAAGCUGAAGUGUCUCGGCUCGAGAAAAUAAACUCCAAGCUGGUCGAUCAAUUGCGGCGAAUGAGCGACGACGUGGACACAGUGCGCGCCGCUUCAGACGCCGCUGGCAAGGAACUAUCCAAGCUGCAUAGCGUCAUCGCCGACAUCACAAAGGCCAACGCAGCACUCAAGGUCGACGUCCAACGACUGGAACAGCGCAACGACGAUUUAGAACGCCGGGAGCGCGAAUUACAUGCUUCCAUCGACGAUUUAGAGCACCAACUGGACGUGAGCAUGGAACAAGCUGUGUUUCUCCGGCAAGAGAACGACGAGAUAAUCGCUCGAGUGCGGGAUAACCAUGGAGGAGCUGCCACACUUGGCGGAGGCACCGGGGCGUCCGUGAAUCCCCUCUCUAUGGAGUCGCAGGUCAAGUACGGCACCGACGCGACGAAGUCGUCGGCGACAUCCCCGCCAAUGUCUCCAAAGCACUCGUCAUCUCGACAACGUAGCGCGAUGUACGUGACCAAUGCAACCGCCACGUGCGGUCCUUCUUGUGCCAUCAUGUAGCAUGCAUGUAUAGUAAGUAGCGUAAGGCGAGUCGUCGCCUCAACAUAUUUAACAAUACUAUUAAUACUAAGUUGACAUGACUCUGGAUUGGCACUCAAAAUGAUGGGGAAAUGUGCACUCUGCACUUGCAUAAAAUAGUAACACGUUCCAAGUAACCACGGGUCGCAGAAGCGGGUGUCAAUGACAGAAGUCGGAUUGUCGACGAGGAUGCUUGGUAGGUUGGUGGGAAUAGUAAUAUUGCC